AUGGUAAACCCGAAGAUCCCGGCAACCAAAUGGAACAUUCAAUUUCCCACCAAAUGUGUGCCCUGGCCUGUUUCAGGAACAAGGAGAAUAUCCGUCAACUCUUUUGGCGUUGGAGGCACUAAUGCCCAUGCCAUUCUAGACGAUGCUUACCACUAUCUUGCUGAACGUAAUCUGGUCGGCUUGCAUCAUACCAGCCCUUCAGUUCCGACAGAGCAUGUUGUUGACUGCAUCAUUAGGCGCUUGACGGAGCACGUUCCUGAUUCCAACGGCUACUAUCCUGAGCAAGACUUAAGUGCAAUACCUUCGGAGAACAAAUCUAUCCAUGACAAGCACACGACUUCUAUGAUGAGUGACAGUGCUGUAAUCAAGGAACAUAAUGCACUCAGAAUUUUUCCCUUCACAGCCUUUGACGAGAGUGGGGUCCAACGGUUGGUAAAGGGGUAUAUCUCCUAUCUCCAAAGGAUGGAAACCAAGAAUUUUCACUAUCAGGAACAAAUUUUGGACUCCCUGGCUUUCACACUGAGUAAAAAGCGCUCCGUAUUUCCGUGGAGAGGGUUCGCCCUCGCAGAUUCAAUCCCUAGUCUUAUUCAAAACUUGUCGUCUUUCUCUUCAAAGCCUAUCAGAGCACGACCGACACAUACGCUUGGGUUUGUCUUUACUGGGCAAGGUGCCCAAUGGUAUGCGAUGGGAAGGGAAUUGCUGAUAUAUCCAGUGUAUAGAAAGAGUUUAGAAGCCGCCGCAGCCUAUAUGGCUGAGCUCGGCGGGACUUGGGACCUAAUCGAGGAACUUUCGCUGGAGAAAGAACAGUCACACAUUAACGAACCAUAUCUCGCCCAUCCGGCAUGCACGGCCUUGCAAAUUGCGCUCAUAGAUUUGCUCGAUUCCUGGGGGAUCAGACCGGCGCGUGUUGUUGGCCAUUCUUCGGGAGAAAUUGCGGCUGCAUACUGCUCUGGCCGUAUCUCACGAGAGGCAGCCUGGAAGGUAGCGUAUUUUCGGGGUUAUGUUUCUAAUAAAAGAUUUCGGGUUCCCGGUGCCAUGCUUGCUGUCGGAUUGCCAGCGGCAGAACUUCAGCAUUAUGUCGACGAAAUUAAUCGGCCGCUGGCAGGAGAGCUCAUCAUCGCUUGUUUCAACAGCCCUCGGAACAAUACCGUCUCUGGUGACGAGUCGAAGGUCGAUGCUCUACUCCAAUUGCUGGCAACCAAAGACGUUUUUGCGCGGAAAUUGUUGGUCAAAAAUGCUUACCACUCAGUGCACAUGCGGGAGGUGGUAGACGAAUACCUGAAUCUGCUAGGUACACUUCCCUCGAUCCAAUCUUCAAGAGCCCUCAGCGUCGAGAUGUUUUCAACUGUCAGUGGUGGCAGAGUAGAAGCCUCGCAGCUUAAUGUCUCAUAUUGGGUCCAAAACCUCGUGAAGCCUGUCAAAUUCAUGGAGGCACUUCUGGCGAUGUGUUUGAGCGAGCUCCACGAGGGUCAGCAAAAGCUUCGCAUGGAUGCCCCUGCUACUGGCAUGUUGCUCGACAGUCUCAUCGAGCUUGGCCCACAUGGUGCUCUCCAAAGUGCGAUGAAGGAGACGUUGGCAACACGAUCUGGAAGUUCCAAAAACACUUCGUUCGCAGUGCUGAAUCGGAGUGCGCCUGGACUCUCUGUGCUCUUAGAUACAGUGGCGGCCAUCAACUGCGGAGGAUAUCCGGUCGACCUGGACAUCGUAAAUCAAGCCCCUAGAACAAUGGGUGCUGUCCAGAAGGAACGUCAUCGUCGCAAAUUCUUGGUUGACUUGCCAAGCUACUGUUUCAAUCACUCUGAAGGCUUGCUGUACGAAAGUCGCCUGAGCCGGAAUUUUAGACUCAGAAGACACCCACGACACGAUCUGUUUGGUGCCCCCGUAUCCGACUGGAAUGCCAAAACACCCAGAUGGAGGCAAAUUUUCCGGCUUUCAGAGCAACCCUGGAUCAAGGAUCAUGUGGUCACCGGGAAAUUCGUCUACCCUGGAGUAGGAUAUCUUCUUGCAGUUGUUGAAGCCUGCAGGCAGAUCACGGAUGCCGAAGAUAAAAUCUUAGGAUUCAAACUACGUGAUGUGUCACUGAAGCGAGCGCUGAUAAUCCCUGAUGACAAAGAGGGCAUUGAGGUUAUGCUCGGUUUGACAAAAAUGGACGAGUCGAGCCUUUGGGAGUCCUCGAUCUGGAGUAGAUUCCAGAUAUCGUCGUACAACUCGCUCGCAGAUGACUGGAUAGAGCAUUGCACGGGUUAUGUGGCGACCGAUUACGUCGGCAAGCCAAAUCACAUCGACAACGGACGCGAGCACGCGGAAGAGAUUCACAAAUGGCAAAAAUUGCGUGAUGCUGCAGAGCAAAAAUGCUCAGUCCCACUGGAUAUGCCUGCCCUCUAUGAUUCUCUCGUUACUACAGGUCUGUAUUUCGGUUCGUUAUUCAGAAACCUCUCGGGGGUCAAGGGUACAAAAAAUGGUGCUGGGGAGGUUGUUGGUAAAGUGGUGGUCCCUGAUGUUGCAGCAAUAAUGCCAAAGCAAUAUGUUCACGAACACCUGAUCCAUCCAGCAACGAUGGACAGUAUGAUGCAUUUAUUCUUAGCGGCUUCAUUGGACUGUAUUGGCAAGAAGAACUUGGACCGGCCAAUGGUGCCUACUUUUAUCAAAGAAGCCUGGAUUUCAGGGAGGACUAAUCCUGAGCCAGGAACAGGCUUCUGCGGUCAUGGAAAGUCUAGGAUCCUGGCUUAUGACAAGUUUGAAGCCGACGUCCACGUUUGGGAUGACGUAUCCGGGGAUCCGCGCGUGGAAAUCAAGGGUAUUCGCUCGUCACCACUUGAUUCUAUGGAGAGUGAUGGGUCGUUGAGCCGCAGGUUGAGCCACGAAGUGAAAUGGAGCUCUUACCUUGAGCUUCUAACACCAACUUCUUUCAAGAGCGUCUCCCUGCUGAACGGCGAAGAAGCCUCUGAAUAUCGUGGUUGGAUCAAUAAGCAACAACUAGCCACACUUUUGUUGGUCACGGAAGCCCUGGAAGAGCUUGAAACAACCCCACCGACCCAGCUGGAUGGCCAUUUCUUGAACUAUUAUGACUGGAUGAAAUAUUUGCGACAGUUACUAGACAAAGACCAGAUAAGCGGCAUGAAGCGUUCUCAGUGGGAGGAACUGCGUGCUGAUCCGAUCCAGAGACAGUUCUUGCUCACUGAGGUCAAUGAGCACAAUGCCGAUGGAAAAUUGGCGAUUCGCAUGGGUACCAAUAUUACCAAAGUUUUGAGGAGAGAAGUUGAUCCUCUCGAUCUCAUGUUUGGUCAAGAUGAUCUCCUCGAUCAGGUCUAUGAGCAAGUCGUCAACCUUGGUGAUCUUCCAGCCCUUCAGAAAUCCUACCUUGAGAUUGUCAGAGAUAAUUAUACAGACAUCAAGAUACUAGAAGUAGGAGGUGGGACUGGCAGCUCCACGGCGGCAGUACUAGAAAAUCUUGCUCCGAUGUCGAACAGAACCAGCUCCAACACAUGCAACAUCAGCACAUAUACUUUCACUGACAUUUCCGCAGCCUUCUUCGAGAAGGCGAAGGAGAAGUUCAAAGAUUACAGAGAUAUCAUGGGAUUCAAAACUCUGGACGCUGAGAAAGAUAUUCUCCAACAAGGCUUUAGUGUAGGAAGCUACGACUUCAUUGUGGCGGGAAACGUCGUUCAUGCAACAGCCGAUCUGACGAAAACACUGAGUAAUCUGCGGCAACUGCUGAGACCUGGAGGACGAAUCCUCCUCCACGAAUCCGUCAGGCAGGACUUGUUCUGGUCACCUGUUGCCUUUGGGCAACUUCGUGGUUGGUGGCUCGGAAUCGAACCCAUGCGCAAGUGGAGUCCAUUUCUCAAUGUACCUCAAUGGGAAACAGUUCUCAAAGACUCCGGGUUUUCAGGUGUGGACCUGAAUUUAAAGGACCGUGAUGCAGCAGACAUACACACACAGAGUUUGAUAAUCUCCACAGCUGUUGAGGCGUCUACGACCAAUUUUCUGGAAAAAUCAGGAACGGUGACUAUCAUUGUCACGUCAAAGCCUGUCUUGGAGGGGUACACGGAUCCUGUUCAGGCGCUGCUGGCACAGUUACAGGACAAAAUUGGACUUUCGAACUGUCAGGUGAUCCAUUAUCUUGCCCUUACCUCCACCGACUUGUGUCGAAGCAUUUGCAUUUCCUUGGUUGACAUAGAAAGGACUAUAAUGUCUACAAUGACCGAAGAAGAAUUUGUCAAUGUUAGGCAGAUGCUUUCACGAUGCAGAGGUUUAUUGUGGAUUACGCCGGAUCUUAUUGCCAACCCCGGUUGUGCAAUGAUGAUUGGUCUUUUGAGGACGGUACGCUGGGAGAGAGACAUUGAUGAUGCUAACCUUAUCUCCCUUUCCAUCUCCGAUCCUACACUCACUCCAGGCGAGAUUUCAGAGGCCGUUUGCACUCUUUACCAGGACCAAUUCCAAAGAGAACUUCCCCCUGAGAAGGCGAACGGCGAAUAUAUGUUCAAAGAUAUGAUUUAUUUCACAUCUAGGUUAGUGGAAAGCUACGAAGCAAAUGAAUUCCUGGAGACAACAUUCUCUCGGCCGAAGCCGUCGAUGCAGUCGCUGUCGACCGCUAGGAGACCGAUAAAAUUGGCCACGGCCGCGCCCGGGCUAUUGGAUAAGCUAGAAUGGGUGACAGACCCUGAUUACAACCAGGAGUUGGGAAGCACUGAAGUUGAGAUUGAAAUCAAAGCUGUGGGUCUUAAUUUUCGAGAUUUGAUGAUUGCCAUGGGCGAGCACAUGGCUUACAGUAUGGGGAAUGAGGCUGCUGGACUUGUCACUCGCGUAGGGUGCGAGGUGACAGAUUUUAAAAUUGGGGAUAGGGUGGUUUACAUGUGCGGAAUCGAGAGAAUCGGCUGUUUUCACACUUUCGGCCGUGUUGAUCAGAUUGCACUUGUCCAUAUUCCACAAAACAUCAGCUUUGAGACAGCGGCCAGUCUGAUAUGCGUCUAUGCCACUGUCAUCUACGGCCUUGUCGAUGCAGGAAGACUCAGUAAAGGUGAGACAAUACUCAUCCACGCCGCAGCCGGCGGCGUCGGCCAGGCGGCCAUCAACUUCGCGAAGUAUGUGGGCGCUGAGAUCUUCUGUACGGUUUCCUCUCCGGAAAAGAGAGACCUCUUGAUGAAUGAAUACGGAAUUCCCGAACACCACAUAUUCUCAAGCCGAGACCUUACCUUUGUUCAAGGUGUGAUGCGAAUGACCAACCACAAGGGUGUGGACUUAGUUCUCAAUUCCCUUUCGGGGGAAGCUUUGCGACGUUCCUGGGACUUAGUAGCUCCAUUCGGACGCUUCAUUGAAAUCGGAAAGAAGGACGCACAAGCUAACGGGCGAAUCGAAUUACAACCGUUCCUUCGAAAUGUUACGAUGGCAAGCGUUGAGCUCCCAACGAUGAUGAGACAUCGGCCGGAGCUGAUUAGGCGACUGACACAAGAUACGAUUGACUUGUUUGCAGCCGGGAAGAUCAAAGAGGCAAUCCCGACGAAAGUGAUGAACUAUGAGCAAAUUGAAGAGGGCCUGAGGGUAUUGCAAUCGGGAAGGGGCAUGGGAAAGAUGGUAUUUGUUCCACGAGCAGAGGAUGUAAUUCCGAUCUUGCCUGCGCUGCCUCCACCCUACAUGCUAAGAGCCGAUGCAUCGUACGUGCUUUCCGGUGGUCUAGGCGGUCUCGGUAGGUCCAUCUCGACUUGGAUGAUGGAGAGAGGUGCGAAAAAUAUCAUUUUUCUCUCUCGAACUGGCAACAUCACGCCUACUGUGCAGCAGACCGUAGAGCAGUUGAAGUCGGCGGACUGUAACGUUCACACCUUCAAAUGCGAUGUCAGUAAUGAAGCCCGCCUGGGACAGGUCCUUGAGGAAUGCAGACGGACCAUGCCACCGAUCAAAGGCGUUGUACAAGGAGCAAUGGUUUUAAAGGAUGGCAUGUUCGAAAACAUGACUUACGACACAUUUUGUCUGGCAAUGAAACCCAAGGUCCAAGGCUCAUGGAACCUUCACGCUCUGCUCCCUAAGGACAUGGAUUUCUUUGUUAUGCUGUCGUCCGCGACGGGCAUCAUUGGUAAUCGUGGUCAAGCCAACUACGCGGCAGGAAACACAUACCAGGACUUCCUCUCCCAAUACCGAAGGUCUGAAGGGCUUCCAGCAUCGACGAUCGACCUUGGCACUAUCCUUUCUGUAGGAUAUGUAGCUGAAAAUCGUGACCGGACCAUGUUCUCAAAGCAAUGGGGCGUUGUUCUUGAGGUCAUCAGAGAAGAAGAAGUCCAUGCUCUUCUAGAGUACUUGAUUGAUCCUACCCGCCGCGGGCCUUCGCAACUCGUGGCCGGAUUAACGACUGCCACAACGUACCGAAAGCGAGGUCUUCCAGCCCCCUCUUAUCUAAGCAAUCCGCUGUUCACUCAAUUGCGGAGCAAGGCUUCCUCACGUCACGGUAUUGGGGAUGAGAGUGGCAAUUUCGUCGUCGAGGCUCUCCUCAGUGCCGCAAGCACUCUAGAAGAUGCGACCUCGGUCGUCGUCGAUGCAGUUAGAGCCAAACUAUCUUCUCUGCUGGCAAUUCCAGUAGAUAGCAUUGAACCUUCCAAGUCAGUCAGUUCAAACGGGGUUGAUAGUCUGGUUGCCAUGGAGUUCAGAACUUAUCUCGCCAAAGAACUACAGGCAGAUGUUCCGGUUCUGGACAUCAUGGGGACGGGAAGUCUCACGGACUUGUCCAGAAAGAUUGCUAGUGUGAGUAAGGCGGUGGUCAUUAAGGAGAAAAAGACGGACGAUGCGGUCACAGAUUGA